CUGUCCUAACCUUUUUCUUUUUCCCCCCCGUGCAACAAGCAACUUGUAGUUGGGUUGUAGCUUUGUUUGCCCGGGGGGGUUGUCACCAGCACUAGUGGAUCUGGGCGGGGAAUGCAGGAGGAAACAGCUGCCGGAGGAGGGCUCCGGCGGCGUGUCUCUUGCUCUCCAUGCCGGAAGGAAGAAGCUUCCUUGCUGCGGACUCGUAGCCUAGGGCUGUGCAGACUAGCUAGAAAAGGAAAACCCACUGUGAGCAUUUGCCAGGCACUCAAGAAGCAGAGCAUGGCCGCGGAUGUCCCUCCCACCCUCUCGAUCCAGCUGGUGGAGGAGCCCAGAUUGCUGAAGCUGAAGAAGACGUUUGUCUCUAAAUUUAAAUCGACUCCCAAGUUUUAUGUUCGUGCACCAGGGCGAGUCAACUUGAUAGGUGAACAUAUAGAUUAUUGUGGGUAUGCUGUACUCCCAAUGGCUAUAGAGCAAGAUAUACUUAUAGCAGCGGAACCUCUAAGCACUCCAGUUAUGCAUCUGGCCAAUACAAACCCUUUGUACUCGGAUUUUAGUACCAAUGCUAAUAACAUUCAGAUUAACCAAACAAAACCUUUAUGGCACCACUACUUCCUGUGUGGAUUCAAAGGAAUUGAGGAUAAUUUCAGUCUUGACAGCCCAAGUGGACUGAAUUGCCUGAUAGAAGGUACUGUUCCCCCAAGUUCUGGACUCUCCAGUUCCAGCGCUUUGGUAUGCUGUGCGGCCCUUGUGACCAUAGUGGCGAAUGGAAAGACUCUUCCAAAGGUGGAACUGGCUGAACUUUGUACUAAGAGCGAACGUUACAUUGGCACGGAAGGAGGCGGCAUGGACCAGUCCAUCUGCUUCCUUGCAGAGAAAGGAACUGCCAAGCUGAUAGAGUUCAGUCCUCUGAGGGCAACUGAUGUGAAGCUUCCAAGAGGAGUGGUGUUUGUUAUUGCAAACAGUUGUGUUGAAAUGAAUAAGGCAGCGACUUCUCAUUUCAAUAUUAGGGUGAUGGAGUGUCGUCUGGCCACAAAGCUUUUAGCAAAAUCCAGAGGCCUAGACUGGAAAGCCAUGGCAAAGCUUCAGGAUGUGCAGGUCAAGCUGAAGCUAAGCUUGGAGGAAAUGCUGACAGUUGUUGAGGAGGUGUUUCACCCUGAGCCUUACAGCAUAGAGGAAAUUGGGGAAUACCUGGGAAUUAGCUCCAAAGACCUACGCUCUCAAAUCCUCAGUCAGAACACCCAAGGCGUGACUACUUUUAAAUUAUAUCAGCGUGCCAAGCAUGUGUACAGUGAAGCCGCCAGAGUGCUAGAGUUUAAGAGGAUAUGUCAGGAAGCACCUGAUGAUUCAGUCCAGUUGUUGGGGGACCUAAUGAACCAGAGUCAUGCCAGCUGCAAGGACUUGUACGAAUGCAGCUGUCCUGAACUGGAUCAGCUGGUGGACAUCUGUCGGCAGUUUGAAGCAGUUGGGUCACGCCUAACUGGGGCAGGAUGGGGCGGCUGCACGGUGUCCAUGGUUCCUACAGACAAGCUGGAACAAUUCCUAAUUAAUGUGAAAGAGACCUACUACAAAAACACUGACCAAAAGUUGGCACUGGAAGAAAACAAUCUGUUUGCGACCAACCCCAGCGAUGGAGCCAUGGUUUUUUUUGAGGCCUAAAGGAUGCUUCGUUUCAACAGAAAGUAUCUAGGGCACUGGAAAACUUCUUAUGCUUAGUAAACCUUUUCUAUUUUUUUAUAACUAACAACAGCCAUUGUUUGCUUGCUUGAUUGAUUAAAUGCCGUCAAGUCGGUGCCAACUCUUAGUGACCACAUAGAUAGAUUCUCUCCAGGAUGAUCUGUCUUCAGCUUGGCCCUUAAGAUCUCUCAGUGGUGCAUUCAUUGCUGUCGUAAUCAAGUCCAUCCACCUUGCUGCUGGUCAUCCUCUUCUUGAUAACAGGCAUUAUCAAGAUGUAUUUCUGAAAUGAACUAAAAAUCUCUAUUCAUUUUCUAAUGUAUUUUUCUCUCCUAAAAUAUGCUUCCAACAAAGAUCACCCAAAAUUCCUUUGGGACUCUACAGUAUAAAAGUUAAUUUGUCAAAGCCUGUUCAUGUUAAAAAUAAAUAAAUAAACAAAACAAAACAAACCUGA